GUGGUUUGACAGUUGCCAAUGAAGCCAGAAGCAGCAGCAGGGAGAUAGCAGCGGUACUGAGUUAGUGCACUACAGUGGGUUGUUUCUUUGUCACUAGCUGUUAUUUGGCUAAAUAAGCUACCUACCUAUUUGCAAUGAUUGCACCGGGUGUCGGGUUUUUCCCAGUAGCAACGUCGGAGCUACAAUGAAGGCUGGGGCUUCGUCGGUGUGGGCUUCAUGCUGUGGUCUGCUGAAUGAAGUCAUGGGUACCGGGGCCGUCCGAGGCCAGCAGCCAGGGUUUGGUGCCGGUGCCGGGCCCUUCAGGUUCGCCCCCAGUGCGGGAUAUUCCACGCACCCACCCAACAGCUCAGGGAACCCCGGCCUUGUUUGUAGGGCUUGUGGACAGGCCUUCUCAGUAUUCAGGAUUAAGUACACUUGCUGCGACUGCAAGAAGAGCUUCUGCUCGCUGUGCACCGAGGUUCUGGAGAGCCUACGCAUUUGCGCCACCUGCCAUUUGCUGAAGGCCACGGCGUUCCAUCGGCCGCGGCUCAUGCGUCUGCCAGUGAGGGACCUGCGUCAGUAUCUGCUGCUGCGGAGCAUCUCCACUGACACCUGCAGGGAGAAGGAGGACCUGGUCGAUUUGGUCCUCUGUCAUCGGGCUUUUGAGGUGGAGGACGAGGAGGAGGAAGAUGAGGAUGAGGAGGAGGAUGAUGAUGAUGAUGAUGAUGACGACGAGGAGGUGGAGGACCCUAACACGGCCAGCCUCCUCUCUCACAUCCAUCGCACGCUAACAGAUUCCAUCGCGCCGCCUGCCUCGGAGCUGUCUGCUGCCACGCUGGAGGAAUCGCUCAGCAGGAGCGAAAGUCCCGAAACCAACCAGACGAGUCCUCAGACACGCCAUGGAGCCGGAGCAUCCGUCUCUGACAUCUCCAGCGUGAGGGACAUCAAGGGCCUGUCAGUCAGGCAGCUGAAGGAGAUCCUGGCAAGGAAUUUCGUCAACUACUCCGGGUGCUGUGAAAAAUGGGAGCUGGUGGAGCGCGUCAACAGAUUAUACAGAGAAAAGGAGAAGAAUACAAAUACAUUGAUGGCCUUCCCCUCUCCUCUCUGCAACGGUGCCAUCGGAGAUGGCGAAAAGUGUCCCCUGACGCUGCAGGACGACAAUCUGUGCAGGAUCUGCAUGGACGCGGUGAUCGACUGCGUCCUGUUGGAGUGCGGUCACCUGGUCACCUGCACCGACUGCGGCAAGAGAAUGAACCAGUGUCCGAUAUGCAGGCAGUACGUCGUGAGAGCUGUGCACGUUUUUAAAUGCUAAUGCUGCACCACUGACUCGUAUCCCCCACGCCCCCUCCCCCAAUUCAGAAAUGCAGCUCAUAAAGUUUGAAUCCUACG